ACCUCAAAAGAACACAUCUUAUAAAUAGAUUACUACUACAUUUUCUCUAACUGCACAAUGUGUGAAAUCUUGGAAGAAGACAAAAACAGAACAAAGGAUAAAAGUCAAAUUUGGAGGUGGUUCGAACAGUUCGCUGGAUAUCUUUGAUGUUCCUCUCAAGGAGAACACAGUGGAGUUUCUUUGGCACGAUCCCUCUAUAUACAGUGGAACCUAUAGUUGUGCCCUUUACUAUAACAACUUACCUUAAUCCAUUUUAUAGCAUUUUUCUCUAUUGCUGUCAAUUCAUUUAUUCCAGUCUUGAAUAAUAAUGUAAAGUAAUAUCAACUUGUAAGGGACUUGUAUGUUAUAAUAUUGGCUCAUCCCAUGUCGUCGAUUUUUGACUCACAUGGAAUUAAGAAAGUAAGAGGACAUGAUUCUGUAUGCUUGUCCAGUCAUUUCUAAUGAUCUUGAAGAGGGGGACACUUUCCACCCGCGAAUAAAUUACGUAUCUGGUGUCUUUGAAAAUGACAGGGAUGCGAUUCUCUGCUGACACUUCCCACAACGAUGUUGUAGGUUUACUUCAUUGCUAGUAGUUUUCACUUCCUUUAUUUAUAUGUUGCCAUUCGAGCGCUCUUCUUUAUCCAUCAUGGCCUGCAUAAUGAAGCUUUACAAAUCUUUGAAGGGUGCGGCAAUUAGCCAUCAAGUCCUGUUGGCAAUGACUUUCAUUCAGUUUGGUUUUGCAGGGAUGACCUUAAUAUCAAAGGCAGCGCUAAAUGCUGGGAUGAACCCUUUAGUGUUCAAUGCCUAUCGGCAAAUGAUUGCCACACUUGUGUUGGCACUCCUUGUUCUCUUGAUGGAGAGGAAGAAGAGCGGAUCGGUGUCAUUCAGCCUCUUCUGCAAGAUUUUUGUGGCUGCUUUAUUAGGGCCAACAUUGAGCUUGGAUCUAUACUACGUAGCGCUCCAUUUAACCUCAGCAACAUUUGCAGCUGCUAUUCUCAAUUCCAUUCCAGUUGUCACAUUUUUCUUAGCUAUCAUUAUGGGGUUGGAGGCUGUAGGUUGGAGAUCAUUCUAUGGUGGACUAAAGAUCCUUGGAAUAGUCAUAACUGUUGGAGGAGCCAUGCUGCUUAGCUUCUACCGAAGACCUUCGACGAGACAUCCUAACUCACCAAGUCCUGGCAGCAACGAUGGAACAUUCUUUGUUAAUAAAUUGGAGGGUAGAACGAGAUUGAUCUUAGGACCUGUUCUAAUGUUCCUUUCUGCCAUAGCUUGGUCAACAUGGCUUGUCGUUCAAUCAAAAUUGCUGGAGCUUUAUCCAGCCAGGUUACGCCUCUCCACUCUACAGUGUCUCAUCGGUUCUGUGCAAUCUACUAUUAUAGCUGCAGCCUUGGAGCGAGAACGUAACUCAUGGAAGAUAAGAUGGGAUAUUCAACUUGCUUCCCUUGCGUAUUGUGGUGUAUUCGUAACUGGGGCUGCAUAUGGACUCCAAAUUUGGUGUAUAGAGAAGAAAGGGCCGUUUUACGUUUCCAUGUUUUCUCCACUUGCAUUGCUUUUAACUGCCAUCUUCUCAGCAAUUUUAUGGGCUGAACGAUUGAACUGGCAAAGUAUAUUGGGAGGCAUUCUGAUUGUUGGAGGUCUUUAUGGUGUCCUGUGGGGAAGAAGCAAGGCUGAGAAACAAGAAAUACAUAAUGGUGAAUCUCCAGAUAUUGAAAAAGUUGCCAAGGGUGAUAUUCACCACUGUAGAAAUGCAGAGUUAAGAGCAUCCAAUAGUGGCCAUAGAAUUACAGCAGAAAAUGUGGAUAUGGAAAAGGCAAAAGCAUCUUCAGAAAUAGCUGGCUACUGGUUCUUUAAGCAUGCUCUUUCAUGGAAGCAAUUCUUAACCAUGCAAGCCUGUGCUCCAUAUGCAGCGAUGUUACUAGUUCAAUUCGCUUAUGGAGGAUCUAAUAUCCUCAUGAAAAUUGCUCUUGAGAAGGGACUCAAUCAAAUAGUAUUUGUGGUUUACCGUCAUGUCAUUGCAGUGAUUUUGUUGGGCCCUUUUGCUUAUGUAAUUGAAAGGAAGCAGCGCCCUUCGCUUUCAUUGUCAGUGAUCAUAAAGAUUUUUGUGCUUUCAUCACUAGGAACUACCAUCCAUCUUAAUGUUUACUAUGCUGGUUUAGCAUACACUUCUCCGACAGUUGCAAGCGCGUUGAGUAAUGUUAUCCCGAGCUUGACAUUCAUCAUGGCAGUUUUACUCGGGAUGGAGAAAGUGAAGACUGAAAGCCCUAGAGGAUGGGCGAAAAUGUUGGGCACGACUAUUUGCAUAAGUGGCUCUCUGGUUUUUACCUUCUGGAAAGGAGGAUAUCUGUUUAAAAGUUUUGAGAACAGAGCAUUAAUAAACAUCUAUAGCACCAAAGGUUCUGCUGGUGAAUACAUGCAUGCUAAAGAAAACUGGAUUAAAGGUUCUGCACUUAUUCUUACCAGUCAUGUUGCGUGGAGUGCAUGGCUAAUUCUCCAGGCUGUGGUUUACAAAGUCUAUCCAGCUCGUUUAUCGCUGAACACUUUGAUUUGCUUCUUCGCAUCAAUCCAAUCUUCUUUUCUUGCGCUGUUUUUUGCAAGAACUACUGCAAUAUGGAAGCUGGACUGGAAUGUGCAGCUCCUGACCAUUAUAUACUGUGGAGUUGUGAUCUCAGCAUUAGGCUACUACCUGCAAACCUGGUGUAUUAGUCACAAGGGGCCAGUUUUUGUAGCUAUGUUUAGUCCACUACUAGUUGUCAUUGUUGGACUAUUCUCAGCAUUUGCAUUUGCGGAGAGACUUCAUUUGGGCAGCUUGAUUGGAACAGGUCUCAUUGUAGUGGGUCUCUACUGUGUACUGUGGGGUAAAAGGCAAGACAAUAGCGCUGCUCAGAAGCCUGAUGAAGGAAGAGGCUUGGCUAAUGGUAAAACAAUGGAAAUUUCCAUAAAUGACUACCCAUUGACAAAUCCUGACACAAGCGGAAGGAAGUGAAGUUUCAGACUUACCUAGACUAAUUCAAAUGCAAGACUGUCAGCAAUUAUCAAAGUGGCUUUUGAAGUCUCAGUGGUGUCUUGUAUUUGAAUAAACUUCACCAAACACACUUCUUUUCUACUCAUCAACAAACAAUGAUAAAUGGGAUCUCUUGCUAUUUGCUGACAAAGGAUCCACCAAAUACAAUGACUAGUUAGUGGGAGUUAAUGCCCUGAGGCAUCGUCCAUUUGCCUAGUAAUAGUAACGUUGUGAUGAAUGGACUAUUUCGUUUCAGUGUACUGGGUGGUAUUCUUAUUGAUGGAGGUCUUUAUGGUGUCCUGUGGGGGAGAAGCAAGGCUGAGAAACAAGAAAUACAUAAUAGUGGAUCUCCAGCAGAGAAAUCUUCCGAUAUCGAAAAAGACUGUUUUCUGUGCAUGUGUUUCUCUCAUAUAUAAAGUGGUGUGGCAUGUUAUAUCAAGUAAA